AUGACACACUUCUUCCAUGGUCGCCGAAAACCAAAGUCGCUCCCAGCGGACAAGACGGGGACGGCAAAGAGUCGGGCGUGGAUUGAGGAGCGGGGGCGUGACUUCCACCCCGCCUUUGCGGUGGAGAGCGAAUUCGAUGAGCAACAAGAGAAGUACAUUCCCGCCGAGCUGGCGACAAUUAGAGAUCUUGAAACACUUUUAAAGCAUCAUGAUGCCAUCGCGCCUCCGGAGGAGCCAAGAUUCUAUGACUACACAUGGCAGAUGGUUCUGAGGACACUAGAUGAAGCAAAGGAUGUGGCAUCAUCUCGUAGAGACUAUACAUCUACUGCUGUCCAGGGCCUUGGCAUGUUAGCUCCCUUGAAAGAUGCCAUACCUGACGAAUACGGACUGAGUGUUGUGAAGGGGGUAUUGGGACUAGUAUUUGAGACUGCGAAACGAGGAGUAGAAAACCGCGCCAAAAUCUUGGAGGCCUUCGAGACGGUGCCCGAGACUGUUCUGACAAUCCAGACGGCCUAUAACUACUUGAACCCCACAGCGGAUGACGAGGAAUUGUGGUACCGAAAGGUCACAGAGUCCCUCACUCUGAGAAUCCGAGAGACUCUCACGGUCGACCAGGUACUUUCAGACUGGAACCGUUAUCUCGUAACCAUCAAAGAGCGAUUAGAACGCAUGAAAGUCAAGAUCACUGCUGCUACGGCCUACCACAGCAGCGAAUCGCACCGAUUGGGCUUGGAAGCAAAUACCAACAUCCAGACUCUUCACACUGAGCUUCAAGGAGCCCGCAGCGAUAUUAAAGACCUGGUCACUGAAGUGAAGAAGCAGGUUGGAGCUGAGUAUCGAGAGGUCUUUGCCUUUCAAAAAGAGCAAUCCGGCGCACAGGCUAUGACAGAGCUACUAUAUGAGUUCAAGGCGCUAUGUAAGGAGUCUCGGGAGCAGUACGAGGUCCAACAGUGUCAAAUCUUUCUCUUGCAACGCGCCUACUCGGACCUGGCACAUGAGAACGAAGCUCUUCAAUCAACCCUCUCACUUAGCAGCACAAAUUCUCGAGACUCAACAUCUACAACAGUCACCCCAAUCGAACUACUCGGGAUAUUGGGCGUCUCACCACAUACGGCAGCCCAAGACCUUGAGAUCGUCCUCCAAGAAGGCAGUAGAUUUAAAUCCUCAUACCUCGGACGUGUGCGAUGGCUCGCCAGAACCGAUGAGUUUACUGAAUGGCUUCGGGCCCCACAAUCAUCACUCCUUCUAGUAGACGGCCGUCUGGAUACCAAUCCAGCGAUAAUGGUCACUCCAAUGUCAAUAUUCGUUUCAACAUUCAUAUACAGCCUAAUCAGCAGCCCCGACUGUCUACCUCUAUUCUUCUUCGCAUCACUACACGACGACCAAGAAGAUCCCGAACUCAGCGGCCCGACAGGGAUGAUGCGAAGUCUCAUCACCCAGCUUCUCUUCAGCGACAAGCUCGCCACACCAAGCCUUCAAUUUCUGGGUAGAGGGUUUCUCAACGCCUGCGAGAGCAACAACAUCAAAGCGCUCUGUGAGUUAUUCAGACGGCUCGUUCUGCAGGUUCCACCAAAUAUACAAGUCAUCUGCAUCCUGGAUGGGACAGCUGCAUAUGAGAAAGAGCCAAUAACAGGGGAAGAGAUCGACUAUGUAGCGGCCCUGUUUCAGCGACUCGUCGAGGAUUCGGUGGACGCAGAUUCUGUGCGGCUGAAGGUGCUUUUUACAUUCGCAAAUCAAAGUCUGCAGAUCUCGGAUAGGGUGGAUAUGCAUCCUGAUGUCUGGCGGUAUGCUUCGCUGGCGGCUGGACAUGUGGAUUAUCUGUCUCGGCUAGAUUUUAGACAGGAUUGGAUGGAGUGA